UGUACGAAUGGCGCUAAGUUAUGUGUAGUGUGUUUUAACCGAUAAACAGGAAGUUUAAACGUGUUAGUGUAGUAUUGCAUGUGCUGCUUCUACGCACGCGGAAUAAUCUGUGCGAACUGAAUGUCACUUAUUUUGGACAUUUUACUUUAAGGGUUAAAAGAUUUAUACCAAACCUACGACCAUCCGCUGACGUCUGCGCUGGCCCGAUGGUCAAAGGCGUCUCGAUGACCAAGAAUGACCUGCAUUCGGACGCGUGCACACUCCUGGGCCUCUUACGCCGGAACGAAGACAGACUGAAUGAUGCCGGUAAACAGCUGGUGAAGCAGAACCGGAAGUACGCUUGUGACGUGUUCAUGCACGAAGUGGACGGUUGGACGCCGUUCCACGCGUUUGUUUUGAGAGGCGCUCGCAAAAUGGUGAAACUUUGUCUGAAGGCGGGCGUCGACGUGAAUUUGACUAUGGGAUCUCCUGACGGCGUCCCGGGCGGGUGCUCAGCGAUCCACCUGGCCGCCCACCGCGGUGACGUCAGUAUGAUCGAUGUGUUGAUUUCAAACGGAGCUGAUUUAAAUGUGAGGGACAACAAUGGUACGACCCCGGUGGUGUACGCGUCCUUAGCCAAUAAUAGUCUCGCAGUGCGGACAUUGCAGCGCGCAGGCGCGGACGUGACCGGAUGUGACGUGAACAGUAAACAUAGUUCAGAGGAUAUGGGGUCAUCCCCGAUUAAGUGCCUUUUACCCUUUGUUUUCUCAGGGGGACGACGGUAGCAUAACGUGAUAGCUCAACCAUGUGAUCCAAGCAUCAUGAGCAGCAGCUGGAGCAUUAUAAUUAUUAUUAUUAUUAUUAUUAUUAUUUUUAUUAUUAUUUUUAUUAUUAUUAUUAUUAUCAUCAUUAUCAUUGUUAUUAUUAUUAUUAUUAUAAUUAUUAUUAUUAUUAUUAUUUUGUUCAAAUUUAGCAUUUUUUAUCACAUAGAAAGAUACAUGUUUAAAUAAUAAGAGCAUGUUUCAUUUUGUGUCUGUCUGUAUUUAAAUGCAUACCAAAGUCUUUAACGAUACUUAUAAAUAAAGAUUACUAUGUCAGUGUAUUUGUGCACUUGAAUUUAUCCCACGAGUUGAAGAAAGACGGUUUUGUUCAAACGAAAUGUCUUUUUUCACCACUGCAAAAUAAAAAUAAAACACAAA